UGAAAACAUGAUGGAGCACUUUGCACUCGGCGUUUCGCCUUCAGGUGGCUUCGUGUCCCGAAAUAGUUAUCCUCAUAGAGUGCCCCACGAUCACAGUCAAACAUGCCUGGUGGAAAGGGGGUGGCGUCGAAGCAGUCGGCGACUCCGCCGCGGUUGCCGCGAAGUCACAUCGCCACGUUGUUGUGGAAGAACUUUUUGCUCAAGAAGAAACACCCUGUGAAAUGGGCGUUGGAGAUGAUCGUGCCGGUGCUGUUCAUCAUCCUUCUGGGGGGGUUGAAGAAGCUCACGGACGACGUCAAAGUCCCCGCGGGAUGGAGCGACACCCAGGUCCUGCCCACGGACAUCACCACCGGCACGUCGCACGCCUUGUUCGAGACGAUCCCGCUCAACAUCAGCGGCACCGCGUUCAACUUUUCCACGUACUACGCGACGGAAACCACCAUGUCUGGGUACUUGGUCAACAUGGCGCUGACGGCGUACCAGAACGGCAAGCUCAUGAGCGAGCUCAACCAGGUCGACACGUUCCAGUGCUCGCGCGUAGUGCUUGAAGGCAAGGUGUCCACGGACCCGUCGUCCCCCACGGCCGUGCCGGUCGAGUGCCGCGGCAAAGUCGUGCCGUACAAACUCGCGAUUGUGCCCGACAAUGCAUUCACGCGCGACUACUUUGCACAAACAAUCAACGCUUGGUUCCCCCGCGUAGAGCUCACGGCCAAAUCAUUUCUUGCGACGCCGACGAUCCCGUCGUUCGCGGACUCGACGCUCUUCUUUGCCGACGAAGCCGCAUUGGAAGCAUAUAUUCAGAGCGACGGGUACGGCAAGGACUUGGCGCAUCCGGUCGUGCAAGCCGCGAUUGUAUUCCACACGUUUCCGUCCAAGGAGCAGCUGGGCUCGGUGCACCCGAUUGAGUACUCGCUCCGCCUCAACUCGACGCUGGGCCGCGGCGGCAUCCCCGGCGACGUCCCCCGCACCGACGUCAAGGGGACCAACCCCCUCCAGCGGAACAUCGACAUCACCAUGUACCAAAAGUACACGAUGACAGGAUUUCUGACGCUGCAGACGCUCGUGACCCGCUUCGCCACGUGUGUGCCGGAUUGGGACGGCGCCCGCACCGCCGGCACUUGCACUCAGGUGCAGGCCAAGGCGGCGUCGACGCCCGCACUCGACGCGCGCCUGCUCCAGCAAGUGCAAGACGAUUACGUGCUGCAGCUGGUCGUGGUAUUUUUCAACAAACUGCCCAUGCUGCCGCGCAUCGACUUGAAGAAUUUGCCCGCGGCGGCGAAGGCCGCGCUGUUGGUGCCGCUGCGCCAGGCGCCGCAGUCGUACUUUGGCCAGCGCGUGUUUCCAUUCCCGAUCGCUGCCUACAUAUCGUCGCCAUUCUACGCCCAAGUUGAGUCGUUCUUUGCGAUUGUGUUUAUCAUUUCCUACUUGUUUUCGAUUUCGUCCAUAUUGGUGGCCCUCAUCACAGAAAAGGAGAACAAGAGCCGCGAACUCAUGAAGAUCCUCGGCGUCCAAGACAACUCGAUCAUCUGGUCGUGGUACCUCACCUACGGCGCCAUCUUUGUCGUGUCGGCCGUGCUUCAGACCGGCGCCAGUCGCGCAAACUUGUUCCCCCACUGCACCCCCCUGCUGGUCUUCCUCUUCUUCCUGCUCUUUGGGUGGAGCGUGCUCGCAUAUGGCUUUCUCGUGAGCUCCAUCUUUUCGAAGUCCCGCCUUGGCACGUACAUGGGCAUCGUCGUGUUCUUUGUCAUGUACUUGAUCACGUCAGGGUUUAGCGACACGUCGUCGGAACGUUCCAAGAACGUUGCGUGCAUCUUUGCGCCCGUGGCCAUGGCAUUUGGGGUUCAAACUAUGGCCAAGGCCGAAGCGGGGUCGCUUGGCAUCACGUUUGCCAACGUGAACGAACCGUACGCGAACUUUAAGUUCGCCACGGCGCUGGCGUUCAUGGCGUUCGACAUUGUCGUGUACACGCUCCUGGGGUUGUACUUGGAGCGCGUGGUGCCCAAAGACUAUGGCGUGCCCGAGGUGUGGUACUUUCCCGUGAGUUCCCAGUACUGGCGCAAAGUGCUUGGCCGCGGCGCCAUGCGCGUGCAAGACAAGCAUCACGUCGGCGACAACAUCGCCGCCGACCUCGAAGGCCGCUCAGUCGACACGGUCGAGCGCGUCGGGCCCGAGCUGCGCCAGCAAGAAGUCACGGGGGACGCGCUGCAGAUCACCAAGCUGCGCAAGGAGUUUGCCGUGCCCGGAGGCAUCAAAGUGUCGGUGAAAGGCAUCAACUUGACCAUGUACAAGAACCAAAUCACGUGCUUAUUGGGGCACAACGGCGCCGGCAAGACGACUCUGAUCUCCAUGCUGACGGGUAUGAUUCCAGCGACGAGCGGCGACGCCACGAUCAACGGGCUGUCGCUCAAGAACGACCUCGCGGAAAUCCGCCACUCGCUGGGCAUGUGUCCGCAGCACGAUGUGCUGUACGCCGAGCUGAGCGUGUUGGAGCACUUGAUGUUUUACGGCCGCAUCAAGGGCUUCCGGGGCGCCGCGCUCACGGAGGAAGUGGACGCCAAGAUCGUCGAAGUGGGGCUGACGGAGAAGCGUCACGUCAGGACCAGCGACUUGUCGGGCGGGAUGAAGCGCAAGUUGAGUCUAGCGAUUGCGUUGCUGGGCGACAGUCAGGUGGUAUUUCUGGACGAGCCGACGUCUGGCAUGGACCCGUACAGCCGUCGCAGCAGUUGGGAAAUCAUCCUCAACAACCGAUACAACCGCAUCAUCGUGUUGACGACGCACUUUAUGGACGAAGCCGAUAUCUUGGGCGACCGCAUUGCCAUCAUGGCGGAAGGGGAGCUGCGAUGCUGUGGGUCGUCCAUGUUCCUCAAGAAUAGGUACGGCGCCGGCUACAACUUUUCGCUCGUCAAGACGGAUGACUGCGACACUGAUGCGCUGAUGGCGUUCGUGCGAUCCCACGUCGACACUGCCAAAGUGCUCAGCAACGUGGGCACAGAAGUGUCGUUUCAGCUCCCAUUAGACUGCUCGCACUUGUUUGCGCCCAUGUUUGUCGAGCUGGACGCCAACUUGGCUCGGUUGGGUGUGCUCUCGUACGGCAUUUCUGUGACAACGUUGGAGGAGGUGUUCAUCAAGGUGGCCGAAGUGGGCGACGAGCACAAUCAGCACACCCUCCAGUCAAAACCCACUGGGGCGAAACCGUCGACGGGGUACAAGAUCGACGCGAACGCCCCGCCCGUGUCACACAUUGCCAUGUUUUUCAUCCACUUCGCCGCGCUAUUCAAGAAACGUGUGCGCACCGCCCGACGCGACCGUAAGAUCGUCCUCUUUGGCGCGCUGCUUCCCAUCGCGUUUAUCAUUCUCGGUAUUUCCAUCCUCAAAUUCAGCGCCCUGACCAAGAACGACGCGCCCAUCCGGCUCGGACUGGGCAACUACACGCUGCAGCAGCAGACGCCAGUCCCGGUCUACUGCGUGGCCGACGACAACGGGUGGUGCACGGCGCUGGCGGCGGCCUUCUCGGCGGGUCAGGUGACCCUCCUCCCCCGCGACGAGUACAUGUCCCCCACGCCCACGGUGUUUCAAGUGACCUAUAACAACCCACCCAUCGCCCCGUCCGACACGACGGGGUUCUGCCUCAAAUCUGGCGAGCAAGUGUGGACGCGGGGGUUCCAGCAGGCGACGGCGGGGCAGUACGGCGCAUACAUCGUGCAUGGAUCGAGCACCACGGGCGAAGUCGGGUACGCCAUUGCCGUCAACACGUCGUCGCCCCAUGCCGCCGCCAACUACAAGGCACUCAUGGACCAAGCCGUGUACCAGAUGGUGACGAAAUCGCCAUCUGCGACACUGGUCGUGCACAGCCAUCCGUUGCCGCUGACGGCCAUGACCAAGACGUUGUUUACGACGUUCAUUUCAUUCGCCACGUCCAUCUGUGUGGUGCUGGCGUUCUGCUUCUUUUCGGCGUCGAUUGUGCCCUACUUGGUGAGCGAAAAGCACCCGACGCACAACUCCAAGCACCAGCAGUUGGUCAGCGGCGUGAGUUUGCCGGCGUUCUGGCUCGCUAACUUUGCGUGGGACAUGCUCCUGUUUUCGGUGCCGUGUGUAUUUGGGCUGCUCGCCAUCUACGCCUUCGACAUCACGCCGUUCACAGGUCAUGCCUGCUCGACGUGCGCCGGCACGCCGUUCGCGGCACUCACAGUGCUGUUUGUCUUGCUCGGGUUUUCGCUCAUCUCAAUGUGCUACUGCUUGAGCUACAUCUUCACCGACGCGUCGAGUUCGCAAACCACAAUCAUCAUGAUCAACAUGAUGCUAGGGGUCGUGCUCAUGACGGUGUCGAUUGUGCUGGACGUGGUCUCGAGCACCACAGAGCUCAACAAGUCGCUCAAGUUUGUGUGGCGCCUCUCGCCGCUGUUCAACGUCGGCAACGGGUUGAAUUCGCUGGCCAUCUUUACGAUCCGCGCCACGUUCUCCCGCGACGGGUACGUGCCGGGGCUGACGGCGUUCGACACCAAAGUCGUGGGGUGGGAAGUCACAUACUUGGCGGUCGAGUCGGUUGUGUUUCCUCUGAUUGCCAUCGGCAUCGACUACGCGUUGAGCUUCCCCAGCAUCAAAGCCGCCAUCAUGAAAGACCCGCAGGUUGUGGAUGCGCCGUACGACGUGGAUGACGACGUCAAGGCGGAAGAGGCGCGGAUCGCGAGUGGCGCUGCUGACAAGGACGCCGUCGUGAUGAAAAAUCUGCGCAAAGUGUACAAAGGGGGCAAGGUCGGGAUCGUCCAAAUGUCGCUGGCGUUGCCGAAAGGCGAGUGCUUUGGCUACUUGGGCAUCAACGGCGCCGGCAAGACGUCCACGAUGAAGAUCCUCACGGGGGAUGUGCUGCCUUCAAAAGGACAAGCGCUCCUCGGGGGGUUUGAUAUCUUGACCCAUCAGCUCGAAGUGCGUCGGCUGAUCGGGUACUGCCCACAGUUUGACGCACUGAUCGACUUGCUGACCGUCCGUGAGCACUUGGAACUGUUUGCGUCCAUCAAGGGCGUGCCAUCCAAACGCAUCUGCGACACGGUCAAGGACAAAAUGGACCAGAUGAACUUGAACGACUUUGAGCACAAGUUGGCUGGGACGUUGAGCGGCGGCAACAAGCGCAAGCUGUCGGUGGCGAUCGCUCUGAUUGGGUCGCCCCCGAUCAUCUUCUUGGACGAACCAUCCACGGGCAUGGACCCCGUGUCCCGUCGGUUCAUGUGGGAUGUCAUUGCCGACAUUUCCACGCGCAGCAAAGAGUCGACGAUUCUGCUGACCACGCACAGCAUGGAGGAGUGCGAGGCGCUGUGCACCCGCGUCGGCAUCAUGGUGGGCGGCCGGCUGCGAUGUGUGGGCAGCAUCCAGCACCUGAAGAACCGCUUUGGCGACGGACUGAUGCUGCACAUCAAGUUGGCGGCCGUGACGUCGGACGCGGUGGCGGGUAUGGCUGCCGACGCUUUCAAGGGCGUGACCGAAGUCACAAAGGAGACGCUGCAGGCUACCUGUACCCGCCUUGGCAAGAGCCACCGCGCGGCGUCCAUCGACGGCAACCACCCGACGGGGUACGUGCUAGCCGACUCGCUCGAGCGCCACCUCGCGAUUUCCGCCAAGGACUUUUGCACGUGGUGGCUGAGUGAGGACCGGUUCGACUCGUUUUCGUCGCACGUGACGACGUCGUUCGGGGGCACCGCGCAGCUGCUCGAGCGACAAAACGACCAAAGUCGGUUCAAACUCGUGAGUCCGACGUUGAAGCUGAGCGCCGUGUUCUCGUUGAUCGAAGGGUGUCGCCGCGAUCUGCACGUGGAGGAGUACACGGUAGCGCAGACGACGCUGGAGCAGAUCUUCAACAACUUUGCGUGCCAGCAAACCCAAGAAAAGGGCGUCGCCAGGGGCAUGGUCGUCAAUGGUGGUGGUGUACCCCAGCCACCCGUAGCUCACGAUCACUAUGUCGUGGCCCCUCAGUAAGGAGCAUUUUAUAUUGAAUACACGUUUGCAUAACAGCGUCGUCGCAGCUGGGCUUUCACUUGUG